AUGGGCAUACUAUCAUGGCUACGUCCAAACGGUCGUGUUUCGUUCUUUCACUCGAAAGACAACAACUUAUUCUUGAGAAAAGCUGGAAAAGGAACUAAAGAACAAAUUACCCUGACGGAUCUCUGCCGGACUGCCACACCCAAGACAUGCUCGCUGAACCCGUUUUUAUUCAAUGGCCAUUUGCAGACGGCCUGGACUACGGUGAAAUUUGAUGGCGUUCCCGUAUACUAUAAACGUUGGAUGUUCGAAGCCGAGAAUCCGAUGUUUAGCGGACAUUUCGCGAUUGAUUUCGUCGUGGAUCCAUUCGAAGCUCCCAAAGAUGGCCAACUUGCCGAUCAGGAGAGAAAAUAUACACAGCCAUCAGGAUUACCGGAAAGAACUGCGUUCUUCUCGGUCAGUGAGUUCGCAGCUCUGCCCUCGGAUGAUACGAAACCUAUGCUCGUUGUUCUCCACGGUCUGAGUGGCGGCUCACACGAGGUCUAUCUACGCCAUGUCGUUGCCCCUCUCAUUGCGGAUGGGAAAUGGGAAGCAUGUGUUAUCAAUUCCAGAGGCUGUGCUCAAACCAAGAUUACCAGUGGGGUUCUAUAUAAUGCCCGUGCCACGUGGGACGUCCGUCAGGCCGUCAAGUGGCUUCGGAAGACGUUCCCGAACCGGCCAUUGUUUGGUAUCGGCUUCUCCCUCGGCGCGAAUAUCCUUACCAACUACUUGGGUGAAGAAGGUGAUGCCUGCCAGUUGAAAGCAGCAGUGCUUUGCGCAAGCCCAUGGAAUCUAGAAGUAAGCUCUGUGAGCUUGCAGAGCAGCUGGAUCGGCCUUCAGGUCUACAGUAAGGUGAUGGGAUCAAGCAUGAGGCGACUGUUUGAAAAUCAUGUCGAGGAGGUCAGCAAGAACCCUCGAAUUGACGUUGCAGCAGUUCGGGGCGCUAAAUACUUGCAUGAGUUGGACCGGGCAUUACAAUGCGCUUCCUGGGGUUACCCUACAGAGGGUGCAUACUAUCGCGAUGCUUCGUCCGUUGACUCGCUACUUGCUAUUAAGAUCCCAUUCUUUGCCGUGCAAGCUGAAGAUGAUCCGGUUGCGAGCGUCAAAGCACUUCCUUUCCAAGAAAUUGGGCAAACCCCUUACGGUGUCAUGAUGACCACGUCCUGGGGUGGUCAUCUUGGCUGGUUUGAGCUUGGAGGCGGCAGGUGGUUUGUGAAGCCAGUGACCAACUUCUUAAACCUCAUGGCCAAGGAAGUCGAUCUUGACACUCCUUUCGUAGUCGAGAAUCCCGACAAGGUUCCUGGAAACGUCGCGAGCCAUACCUCAGUAUUAAAGCCAGAUUUUAGUCCCAUGCGUCGCAAACUGGAUUUGCAGCCUGCACCCCUAAACUAG